AAAAAAAAAAAAAAAAGAAAAAGAAAAAUCCUCUUGGAAAAUUUGCAAGAUUUGGAAAAGAAAUCUGGUCGGAUCUUGCUUUGUGGGGUGUGGAUUUUCUUGGGUGCUAAAAAAAGCCUCUCCCUUUCUCUUCUUCUCCUUGCCUUGCCUUCUUCAUUUUCUUGUAGGAAAAACAGGAACCCACAAAUUUCCAAACCAACAAAAGCUUUCUUGUUUUCUUAAUCAUAUCUGUACAUCUUCUUUCUUUUCUUCUUACAAGAAUUGCAUCUUGGAUCAUUUUUUUUCAAUCUUCUUGCAAUGUCCACAGCAACGGAGUCCAAAUUUCAUGUUUUAGCUGUUGAUGACAGCUUAUUAGACAGAAAGCUUAUUGAGAGACUUCUCAAGAUCUCUUCAUAUCAAGUUACUACGGUUGAUUCUGGUAGUAAAGCUUUACAAUUUCUUGGUUUAAAUGAAGAUGACCAAAGCAACUCCGAAACACCUUCUGUUUCUCCAAACAAUCAUCAGGAAGUGGAAGUGAAUCUUAUUAUUACAGAUUACUGUAUGCCUGGCAUGACAGGCUAUGAUUUACUUAAGAAAAUAAAGGAAUCAUCAUCUUUGAAGAACAUACCAGUAGUGAUAAUGUCAUCUGAGAAUGUUCCUUCAAGAAUCACAAGAUGUUUAGAGGAAGGAGCAGAGGAAUUUUUCUUAAAGCCAGUACAACUAUCAGAUUUGAAAAAGCUUACACCUCAUAUGUUGAAAACUAAAAUCAAGAACCAAGAACAAGAAAAUCAAGAAUUAGAACUAGAACUAGAAAGAUCAGCGAUUCAUCAAUCACAACAGCAGAAACAACCGCAACCACCACCACCGCCACCACUCUUACAAACACCACCACCACCGCCGCCACCACCACCCAACAAUCACAAAAGAAAGGCCAUGGAAGAAGGAAUUUCUCCAGAUAGAAGAAGACCCAGAUACAAUGACAUCACUACUGUUGUCUAAUUAAAUCUUUGUAUCUUUUUUUUUUUUUCAAAUUAUUUCUUUUCCUUUUUUAUAUGUAAUUCUGAUAUCUUUUCUUUUCUUUUC